AGCCCCGACCAGGGCGCCCCUUGUGGCAAACGGGCCGUUGCGAUCGGGGAAGCUGCUGGAGUCGCCGCGUUGACGCUGCGUUGCUGUGGGCUACAAACCGUGGUUUUCGAGAUACCUGUUCCCGCUUCGAAGAGCAAGAAUAAUUGCUGUGUGGUUGGAUGUACCAGUAGUUAUAAAAACUCGGCUGAUACUAAGUUUUACGGCUUUCCAUCGAAGCCGUACGAGAUUGAGCGCCGAGCGACUUGGAUACGACUCGUGCGUCGAUUCAACGAUGACGGAACCGCCUGGGCGCCCACAGGGAAUUCUAAAAUUUGCAGUAAGCAUUUUGUGGGCAAUGCGAAGCGGAACGAACAAGCUCACCCUAGCUACAACCCAUCCAUUUUCCCGUCGGUCUACAGAAAAAGAGUGGUGUCAGGAAUUGCAGAACGGCAUGACAGGCAACAUAGAAGGGACACACAGCAAAGGGUUUCAAUGCCACGAACAGACGCACCUGAAGUAGAUAUGACGAUGGAAGACCAGGCAACAGAGCAGUCGGCACCUCUUUCAUUUACGGCUGAUGCUUGCACCAUGACAGAGGAAGAAGGAACACUCUUCUCUCCCUGCACCGUGUUCCUCUGCUGCAACGUGGGGCAAGAUGCUGCAACCUUCAUUUGUCAUAAUGUAACUAAAGACAAAGGAAGUGGGCCGGACCAAGUGUCAUUUCAGGACGAGUGUGUAGGGCCGGCGUACAAAGAGCCCUGCUUUACUGGCUACGACUGUGUUCGUCAGGAAGAGGCAAAACUGGCAAGCUUAAGCGCCACAUCCUUUUCACUUUUCGCUCUGUUGUUAAGCCUGCUCCCAGAUGCCGCGAGAAGGCAGAAUGAAAUUUCCGCUGAGAAUCGUCUCCUGCUAUUUCUGAUCAAGCUCAAGCACAAUGUUCCCUUUUCUUGUUUAGGUGUUCUGUUUAAUGUGCAUCGGACAACAGCAGCACGAAUGUUCAAGAUGACGCUUGAAGCCCUCUGUGCCAGAACGAAAGACUGGAUUUGGUGGCCUAGCAGGGCAGCUAUACAGGCCACCAUGCCAGCAAGCUUCAGGGUGCUCUAUCCAUUUUGCAGAGUCACCAUUGACUGUACAGAAAUGAGAGUAGAAAUGCCUCCGUCAGUUGAGGAGCAAAAUCUGUGGUAUUCACAAUACAAGGGAUACUUUACUGUGAAGUAUUUGAUUGGGAUAUCGCCCAGCGGACUAGUAACAUUCCUUUCGAAUGGGUACGGAGGGCGCACAAGUGAUGCCGCCAUUACAAUAGAGUCUGCUUUCCUGCGCAAGCUGCAGCCUAAUGACAUUGUCUUGGCCGACAAAGGAUUCCCAGGUAUUGUGACCGGUGUUGGUGCCCAGAAUGCAACAUUGGUGAUGCCGCCGUUUGCGUCGGGUGUACAAUUCACAGAGGUUGAGGUCAACUCGACAUAUGAAACGGCCUCUGUCCGGAUCCAUGUCGAAAGAGUUAUUCAAAGGGUUAAGAUUUACAGUAUCACUCAGCGUGUUUCGCAUCACCUCAUCCCACACUUGGACAACGUCAUGCAUAUUUUGUGUGUUCUAACAAAUCUACGGCCGGGAAUAUUUAAGCCACGGUAACUGGGACAUAGCUAUUGGGGGCAGUGUCUGGCAUUAUGAAAAGAAAAACAUCUUAGUGUAAACUCGAGGCUGCAGUUGGCAGGGGUACUAUUCAUGGUUUGGUCAAUCACAUAUGGUUGUGAUACUGAAUGCACUUAAGGAAGUGCACAUUUCUUGGCUACAUUUACCGUGUCCGACUCUCUUUGGAACAAUAUGGAAGUUUCCAUAACAUGCACAGCACCCACACCAGCCACUGCCUGAGCUACAUGCUUCAGGUGUUUUCUUUUUCAGAUUGUCAGGAGCUGUACCUGGACACGAUUUGUGCAAACACAGCAGUGAUGCUUUUAUUUUCAUUUGGCUUGGGCAGAGUAUGACAUGCAACACUUCAAAGCUUGUUCGUAAAGCUACUGGCUCACUUUCCCUGAAGUGCGGCAAGUUCUUGAAUAUAAUGUGUGAAAUAAAACGAUCUCAGCUUCGGUAUAGCGUC